UUUCAGGUGCGGGAUUGUGUUGCGAAUCAAAACAGUGCAGACUCCAGGAAUGUCUGGUUGAUUUGCCGUGGCUCCGGGGUCUGAAGGAUCUUUACCUGAAAAUUAGUGUUCUAAGCAUCUUGGAUUCUCCGACUGCGUCUGAUGAUUCCGGAGGAAGAGAUGUGGGUGUUUUACAUGAUAUCGCUUCCUCUGACACUUGGCAUGGUGUUUUUCACCCUCAGGUAUUUCUCCGGUCCGCAUGUUCCUCGUUAUGUACUUUUCACCGUUGGAUAUGCCUGGUUCUGUUCCCUCUCCAUUAUCAUCCUCGUGCCUGCUGACAUCUGGGAGACGAUCUCUUCUCACCAUGAGAAUGGAAGUAUUUCUUUCUUUUGGAGCUGGUCAUAUUGGAGUACGUUUUUGCUCACUUGCAGGGCUGUGGUGCCCCUUAUUGAGGGUUUUGAAGAUGCUGGUGACUUUACUGUAUCAGAAAGAUUGAAGACUAGUUUAUAUGUCAACUUGGUCUUCUAUUUACUUCUUGGUGCUGUUGGUCUUGUUGGGCUAGUUUUUCUCAUUAUGAUGCACAAGACCUGGAGUGGCAAUCUUAUGGGAUUUGCCAUGGCUUGCUCUAAUACUUUUGGACUUGUUACUGGUGCAUUUCUUCUUGGCUUUGGUUUAAGCGAAAUUCCUAAAAGCAUAUGGAGAAAUGCUAACUGGACCACUCGCCUGAAAGUUCUUUCCCAUAAAAUUGGGAAAAUAACUGUCAAACUUGAUGAUGCUUACCAGGAACUUUCAAAUGCUAUUGUUGUUGCCCAAGCUACAUCCAAUCAGAUGUCCAAGCGUGAUCCUUUGAGACCUUAUAUGGAUGUUAUUGAUAAUUUCAUAAUUCAAAUGUUUAGGGAAGACCCAUCCUUCAAACCACAGGGUGACAGAUUGGCAGAAAAUGAUAUGGAUUAUGAUGCUGAUGAAAAGUCAAUGGCAACCCUAAGGCGUCGUCUUAGGUUAGCUCAGGAGGGUUACUACAGGUAUAAAAGCGAAUACUUGACUUACGUAUGGGAAGCUCUUGAAUUGGAGGAUACAAUAAAGAAUUAUGGACGGCACAACUUAACUGGAUGGAAAUAUAUUUCAAGCAUUAGACCUGCUCGGCCUGGAAACUUGGGGUCCUUCUUUGAUUCUUUAGAAUAUUUCUGGCGAUGCAUUUUAAGAACGCAUGUGGAGAGAGGAUUGGCUGCUUCACUUGGUAUCCUGUCUGUUGCAAUUCUUUUAGCUGAGGCAACUCUUCUACCUAGUGUUGAUCUAUCUCUUUUCUCAUUUCUUAUAAAAUCCGUGGGAACAGAGGAGGUGUUCGUGCAGGUGUUUUCAUUUGUUCCUCUCAUGUAUAUGUGCAUCUGUACAUACUACUCCUUAUUCAGAAUUGGAAGGUUGAUGUUCUACUCGAUGACACCCAGACAGACUAGCUCAGUUAGCUUGCUUAUAAUAUGCUCGAUGGUUGCUCGGUACGCUCCCCCUGUUUCAUAUAACUUCCUCAAUCUCAUUUCCCUUGGUUCUGAUAAAGCCACUGUAUUUGAACAGAAAAUGGGGAAUAUCAACAAUGCUGUGCCUUUCUUUGGGGAUAGGUUUAACAAAAUCUAUCCGCUUAUAAUGGUUAUAUAUACCCUUUUGGUUGCGAGCAACUUCUUCAAUCGAGUAUUUGAUUUUCUGGGGAGCUGGAAGAGAUAUGUUUUUGGAACUGAAGCUGAAGACACGGAUGGUUUUAAUCCCACAGGAUUACUUAUCUUACAAAAAGAGAGGUUUUUACUCAAACAUGGGCCCCAAGUAGGCGAGCAAGUUGUUCCAUUGACAAGGAAUUACGAUAUUGAAUCUGGCAACAGUCUCAUGGAGAGGAAUGGUGUAGAAAUGAGACUAGCUCCCAAUAUACUCGAGGAAGUGGAUAGAAAUCCAUCCAGAACUAGGAAGGAUGAGACAAGAAAAUAUAGUUUGAACAAGGAAGCCAUCAGCAACAAGUAUGCUACUGUCAGAGAGAAGUAUGGACAAGCAUUUAGAUUAAGGCUAGAAGACAACAAUAUAGCCUCCACUACGGUUCCAUUACUCGAUGCCGACAAUACUUACUCCGUUAAUACCUCUAGGGUGUCAUCUUCAGGUUUGGCUUCAUCAUGGCAAACUAUGACAUCAGGCUUUCGUAGUUUUAAGGCUGACAUUACCAAUACAUGAAGUUGACAUUUCUUGUGUUUCCUUAUACGAGAGUCCCUUGAUAUAUCUCAAAGACGAAUUCAGCUUUAUCUUGGCUAAUUUACAAAAGUGGUGAUUGGUAUAAUGGAGACCAUUAUUACGGUAAUGGGAAUGUCUGGUGUUGUGCCUGGCAAAUCUUUAGUAUCUUAUUUUCUGGAACCAAGUGCACCCUACAGAUGGAAAGAUGGGCCUCCUCCAUGAAUUAGUCUGUACAAAUUGUAAAUUAUGUGUAGGAAAAAGAUUCUUAGAUUGUAAAUUUUGCCUGCCACGAAUUCUUAUUUCCAUUCCAUUGAUGAUGCUUCUAAUUCUAGCAUAACCUCUCUAAGUACAUUAACUUGUUUCCUUUUGGCAAGUCUCUUGCUUUUCUAACGCAAAUGUGCGCCACUAUAUUUUUGGGAUUUUAUGUCAGUGUAAAAAUGAAGAGAGAUACAUUAGCAGGCUAUUCUUAUUUUCUUUUAGCCACUUGUGUAAAAACAAGCACGAAUAUGUGCAAUGUGAUAUCCUAUGCUCAUUUUUGUUACGAA